AUCCUGGGAUGUGUAGUCUGGCUCUGUCCGGGACGCCCCCUCGGAUGAAUGGGGCCCAGGCUGACUGCGAACUACAGAUCCUCGGCCGGCUGCGUUGGUGGAGGCCGCGGGGGAAGGGGAGCCGGCGGCGGCGCUGCCGAAGGAGAGCAGCGCUGCGGCACGGAGGGAAUGAUCUGUGCCGCGGCGGACUCAGCGGCCCGGCUUCUUGGGGAGGCGGUGUAAGCGGGCGCCUCGCCUCCGCGCUCGCCCUCCGUUCCGCGCUCCGGCCAUGCGCCCGGCCUUCGCGGUGGGCCUGGUGUUCGCAGGCUGCUGCAGUAAUGUGAUCUUCCUAGAGCUCCUGGCCCGGAAGCACCCAGGAUGCGGGAACAUUGUGACAUUUGCACAAUUUUUAUUUAUUGCUGUGGAAGGCUUCCUCUUUGAAGCGGAUUUGGGAAGGAAGCGGCCAGCUAUCCCAAUAAGGUACUAUGCUGUGAUGGUGACCAUGUUCUUCACGGUCAGCGUGGUGAACAACUAUGCCUUGAAUCUCAACAUCGCCAUGCCCCUGCAUAUGAUAUUUAGAUCUGGUUCUCUCAUUGCCAACAUGAUCCUAGGAAUUAUCAUUUUGAAGAAAAGAUACAGCAUUUUCAAAUAUACCUCCAUUGCCCUGGUGUCUGUGGGGAUAUUCAUCUGCACUUUCAUGUCAGCAAAGCAGGUGACUUCCCAGUCCAGCUCGAGUGAGAAUGAUGGAUUCCAAGCAUUUUUAAGGUGGCUGCUAGGGAUUGGGGCACUGACGUUUGCACUUCUGAUGUCAGCGCGGAUGGGUAUUUUCCAGGAGACCUUAUACAAACAAUUUGGGAAACAUUCCAAGGAGGCUUUGUUUUAUAAUCAUGCCCUUCCGCUUCCUGGCUUCAUUUUCCUGGCUUCCGACAUUUAUGACCAUGCAGUUCUGUUCAAUAAGUCUGAACUGUAUCAAGUUCCGGUCAUUGGUGUGACAGUGCCCAUCAUGUGGUUCUACCUCCUCAUGAAUGUCAUCACUCAGUACGUGUGCAUCCGGGGCGUCUUCAUUCUCACCACGGAGUGCGCCUCCCUCACCGUCACCCUUGUCGUGACCCUGCGCAAGUUCGUCAGCCUCAUCUUUUCCAUCUUGUACUUCCAGAACCCUUUCACUCUGUGGCACUGGCUGGGUACCUUGUUUGUCUUCAUUGGCACCCUGAUGUACACAGAAGUGUGGAACAACCUAGGGACCACAAAAAGCCAGCCUCAGAAGGACAAGAAGAACUGAGGCCUGCCCGGAGCAGAGACCAGGGUCGUGAUGUGCUAGGGUCCGGUGAGGGCUGGCCGCCCUUCCACGUUCGUCAGCGCUGAAGUGUUGAACCAACCAUGUACCAGAGAAUCCUCAGAAGGAGGGACUUCUCAGAUUUCUUAAGGCUGUACAGACAGUGUCUGUGGACUCCAAAUGGAAACCCCUCAACCAUGAAGUAGAAACAAGAACAGUUCUCUGCUCUUGAACAGCCAGCGCGUUUGUUACUUGUUUACCAAAAUAUUUAGUACUGUUACUUGUUUAUUGAGUUCUGAGUCCCCACAGCUAGUAGUUUUAUAUCUGUGUUCGGUGGUGGUCUCUUGUUGCCAUUCUGAUGAUUCUCUGCCACACAGUCAUUAUCAUCCUGUGGCCUCGUCCCUUUUUUCUGUCACCUUUCCCCUCCCCCCCCCCCCACCCCCUGCGGCCCGGUCAGCCAGUCAGAUGCAUCAUCAUCAGGAAACAGCUGAGCUGAGACACCGGUGACGCUGGGACUGGAAAAGAAGCAGUUGUCCCUGAGCCGAGCCCUGGUCACACUGGAGCAGGGCUGCGGGAAUCCUUUUCCACAGCUUGCCUUUUUUUUUUCUUUUUUCCUAUGCAAAAGUCUGUUGCUUUCUCUGCUUAGAACAGACCUUCAGCGUCUCUCUGAGGCACAGUUAAUAAGAAAGAAAGGCUGUGUAUGACGUAGGAGAGACGUUUUCUGGCGUGAAGCCCUGUAGCUCCGAGUGGAGAUGGUGCUGCCGGGUCGGCUGGGAGCGGCUGGCCCUCGGC